ACCAACUUCUCCAUCCAAGGACUCCUCGCUACGUACACGGAGCCUCCAAAACCCCCCAUACCGCCAUCAUGCCUCAGGAUAUGCCCCCAACGGGGGGCUACGCCCAAGUCCAGUACAAGCGGAACCUCCCUGCCCGUGGCUUCAAGCCCUUCUACUACAUGGUCGGCAUGCACAUGAUCAUGGCCUACGGCUUCUACAAGUACUUCCACGGUGUCCGUGAGCAACGUGAGCUUGCCCGUGAGAAGAUGUGGGGCCGUCUCUACCUCACUCCUCUCCUUCAGGCUGAGGAGGACCGUGAUCAGGUCCGCCGUUACUACGCCGACAAGGCUCGCGAGAAGGAGCUCCUGGGCGCCGAGCACAAGGUCUACAACUCCGACCGCUUCGUCCGCCCUACCUUUGCCUACACUCCCUCCAAGGUCACCCAAUAGACAAUUUCGUCGACGCAUUCAUCGAUCUCGUACCACCAUUUGUUCCCGCUCGUGGUUGGACACGGCACUGCUGGUUCAAGGGCACCCUCAUAGGAAAGAGGGUUGGAGUUCGAUUCGUUAGAUGAGGCGGAGCGAGUGAAAGAAUCAUAGAGGCAAGGAUCGUUUGUCUCAAAGGAGCCAGGGGCUCGAGGAAAACAUUGUAGAUAUACCGUUACUACGAAGGGCCUAGUUCUGUUUUACAACAAGUCAUUUUUCUUCUGUUUUGCAUUGACGCAAAUCAACCCAAUCUACAAGAGAAGUAAAGAGUGGCCCAAAAUUGCCAGUAUCAUUAGUUUACGAUAGAAAACAGGGAUUUAUAUGUUAAUUGUGCAUGAGCACGUUCAUAUUGGGGUUUUGGCCGUCUAUAAAUGUAUAGCGGCCUGUCUAUUCUGUUGGUCUCAAAGCGCCGCCGCCAAGGGGUAGUCCGUAAGGUCGCAAGCGAUGAGAAACCCAUGCCUCAAGAAUAUGAAAAACCAAAAAAAAUGAACAUCAAGAACGUACGCUCAGGAUGCAAUCGAAAACUUAGGCCACCAAACAUAAAAGUAAUGCGAGAUCAAGCAGAUCUCACGUGAGCAUUGACAUAGAAAUUGAGAACGUAGGGCUAAGAAGCUCUGGAUCAAUAUAUCAAAAACGCUGAUCGGGACCGUCAAUGGCGAGCGAUUUAAAUGCAAAGCAGUCCAUAGAUGAGAGCCGUAACUGAUUGUCGAGAGUAUCGCUGAUGCACUAACCGAACAUGUCGGCAACACCAGAGAGAUCGGGACCAUCAUUGAUGUCAACACGAUGAGUCUCCUGCUGUGUCUCCAUCUCGUUGGUCAUGUACCGGCUUUGAAUCGCGGUCCUCGCCUUGCGACGCUCCUCCCGUGAGCCAAGGAUCUUGCCCUGCUCGGCAAUGCUAACACCUCGCAGCGGCUCAAGUAACUCGAGGACCAAGGCCCGCUGUUGGCGGGGCGAGGUGCACCGUUGGAGAGCAGUCUCUGUCUGAACAACCUUUUCUGGAGUGAUGCCAGGCAGAGAGAGGAAGACGGACCGUGGUGUUUCGCUGCAGACUCCGUACAAAACCCAGAUGGACGCGAUGAGCUGGGCCAAAUCCUUCUGCAUGUCAACGAAGUAGGAUUCAUGGACGGAGGUAAUGCAAGCCUGCAGGACGUCUGUGCAGAUGAACUCGCGGAUGGUCACAAUGGUUUGACUAUUGUGCGGGGGUGCGAAGUCGGCCAAGAUGGAGCGAACGACGCGAGUGAUGAUGCUGCAGCACCGCGUAUCGCGCAUGCGAAGAGCAUGAGUGCAGAAGAGCAUGACGGGCUCGAAGAUUUCGGGCGAGGAUAGAACAAAGUGACGGAUUGAGUCGGCGAGUUCAGGAGUCGGUUGCGGCGCACUAGGGUCUGCCUCUGUUCGAUCAGGA